AUGCCCAUGGCGAUGGUGGCGAUUCAGGCCGUCGCGCCGCACUUUGUGCUCGACAACACGAUGGGGGCGAUGUUUGUUGGUGUCAUUGUCGCGGCGACUCUUUACGGAGUAUCGUGCGUACAGACAUGGUUCUACUACAACCACUACCGGAACGACCUCUGGCAUAUCAAGCUUCUCGUAGCCGCGUCCUUCAUCUCCGACACCAUCCACCAGGCCCUGAUAUCCCAUACGAUGUACACCUAUGUCGUAACGAACUUCGCCAACCCUGCGAUCCUCCAGCGGCUAGUGUGGAGUCUACUGGUGGAAGUCCUCUUCAACGGCUUCACGGCGCUGAUGGUGCAGGUCUUCUUCACCAUCCGGAUCUGGAAACUGAGCGAGCGGAACGUCCCGAUCACGGUGUCCGUGCUGCUGCUCGUCCUCGCGGAGUUCGGCGCGGUGAUCGCGUACACCAUCAAGUCGCUCACGCUCGAGACGUUCGCCGAGCUCGAGUUGCUCAAGGGCCUGUCGAUGUCGGUCAACGGCCUCGCCGCCGCGGGCGACGUCGCGAUCGCGAUCGUGCUCUGCACGAUGCUCCACCGGAGUCGGACGGGGUUCAGGCAGUCGGAUACGAUGAUCACUAAACUGAUUAUAUUUUGUGUGAAUACGGGCUUGCUCACGAGCGCGUGUGCGGUCCUUUCCCUCGUUUUCAUCGCGGCGCUCCCGAACACGUUCAUUUACAUCUGCUUCUACUUUACGCUUGGCCGACUCUACCUCAACUCCCUCCUCGCCACGCUCAAUGCGCGCAAAUCCAUCCGCUCAACGGCGGGCGGGCCGUCCGACUUUAGCGAGAACCUCUCGCUCCCGCUCACCGAAGUCAACGUCCGGCGCGAGGCCAGCGUUGGGGUGGGCAGGCCGAUUGCGGUGCGCAUCGAUACGUGCACGGAGACUGUGAAGGAGGGGCGGGGCGGGGGGGUGGAGGCGUCCCCUGUGACGAGUGAUUCGGUGAGUAAGUUGGAUGUGGAGUCGGCGAGCGACCAUGUGUUGCCGUAUAAAUUCGAGGGGCUGCGCGUGCAGAUUCCUAUGGCGAAGUGACCUCCUCCCUCCUCACCUCAACGCGCACUGAACCUCGAAUCUACGUACCCCCACUCGUUUCGUCUUGUCGCAGUGCUUGCAUCGGUACUAGUACUCUCAUUACAGCACUCCCAAGCUCAAUUGUAUCCAUGCAUCUUUCGUUCGUUCAUCGAAAAGUACGGCUCCUUGCUAUUGCUAUCUCGCUAGUUAUUCUU